AUGAAAGGAGUUACGAGGUUUGGAAAGAAUGGGAAACUGAGUCCCUGGUAUAUUGGACCUUAUAGAAUCUGCAAAAGAGUUGGAAACCUGGCAUAUGAGUUGGAGAUACCCAAAGAGUUAGAAGUGGUUCAUCCGGUAUUUUAUAUUUCUAUCGUGAAAAACUUUUUGGUUGAUCCUUCAUUGAUAGUACCAACAGAGAAUGUGGGGAUUCAGGAUAACUUAUUCAAUGAAGAAGUUCUGGUUCAGAUUUUGGAUCUGCAAGUUCGCACGUUGAGGAAAAAAGAAGUUGCUUCAGUCAGUGUCCUUUGGAGGAACCAUUUGUUAAAGAAGCAACUUGGGAUGUAG